AAAAACAGAAAAAAUAUUCUCUUCUCACUGUGUAACCAAAUUCUAAGUUAUGAGUCUAAAAUAUCAGAGAAUUUUUCAAUAAAAAACAAGGAAAGAGAGCCUCAAAAGGGUAAAAAGGAAAAGAGAAAAAGGAAAAUCUUAUCCAAGUGACUCAAACAAAGAAACACUGGCACUUGGCUCUUGCUUUCUUUUCAAUUCACAGUGCACGAAGUCUUACAAGCCAAGCGUUAUAAACACAUGAAAAAAAAAAAUCUCCUUCCUCUUUCCUUGGAAUCACACCUCCUCCUCUCAUUUUUCAGACACCUCCCAUGCCAAACCAUCACUCUUUGGUUCCUAAGCCACGACCUUAAACGCAUUCUCUGUUCAACAUAGUAUUUAUUAUUCCUAGUAUCACAUCCACCUUUCGUAACUGUAACUACUUAUCCCGGAAAAAAAAAAUCAAACAAUACAUUUGAAAGACAUUGUUAUUACUCCAUGCCUCCUCUUCUUGAUUUUAAAGACAUCCAAGAAAAGCUCUCUAGUCAGUUUAGACCAUGGCAGCGUUCUUUUCAGUUCUGGGUUCGUGCUGCUGAUAUCUACACUGGCUAUAAGGUGUUUCAACUCAGAGUGAGUUUGGUGAAGGAUGAGGAAAAGCAGGAGGCAAUGUGGGAAGGACAGCAUGAGUUGGCUGCUGAAAAGAUUUAUGCUAUGUGUUCUGAUCUUGGUGGGUUCUUUCUCAAGAUUGCCCAAAUCAUUGGGAAGCCUGACCUGGCUCCAGCAGCAUGGGUGAGAAGGCUUGUUACUUUGUACGAUAGAGCUCCAGCAACUCCAUUUGAUGCUGUUAAGCUUGUGCUGGAGAAAGAGUUAGGUCGAAGCAUUGAGGAUAUUUUUGAAAGAUUUGAUGUGGAACCUCUUGGUUCUGCCUCAAUUGCACAGGUUCAUCUGGCGAGAUUGAAAGGUGAUAAGAGUGAUGUUGUUGUCAAGGUCCAACAUCCUGGAGUUCAGGAUCUGAUGAUGACAGACAUACAUAACCUUCAAGCAUUUGCUUUAUACAUGCAAAAGACAGAUAUCAAAUUUGAUCUGUUCUCUGUGACAAAAGAAAUGGAGAAACAGAUUGGAUAUGAAUUUGACUUCACAAGGGAGGCUAAUGCUAUGGAAAGAAUCCGGCAAUUUCUGUAUGAGAAUAAUAAAACAAGUCCGGUUUUAGUGCCAAGAGUUCUGAAGGAUAUGGUCAGCAGGAGGGCCGUUGUGAUGGAGUACAUGGAUGGGAUCCCGAUUUUGAAUCUUGGUGAUGAAAUAGCCAAAAGAGGAAUAAAUCCUGGUGGUAAGAUUGCAGCAGCAGCAAAGCAGAACAUACUUAAAAGUUUGACACUAGCAUAUGGACAAAUGAUACUGAAGAGUGGUUUCUUCCACGCAGAUCCUCAUCCUGGAAAUAUAUUGAUCUGUAAAGGUUCCAAGGUUGCCUUGUUAGACUAUGGGCAGGUGAAGGAUCUCCCAGAUAAGUUGAGGCUUGGGUAUGCUAAUUUGGUUCUUGCUAUUGCUGAUGGUGACCCUAUUAGAGCAGCAGAAAGCUAUAGGGAGCUUGGCAUAGAUACCUUAAGCAAAUGCGAGAAUGAAAUGCAGGAAUUUUUUAGGUUGGCACAAACAAUGUUUGACACAAAACUCCCACCUGGAGUAGCAAUGUUGCAACCUUUCUCAGAGGAUUCUUCCAUUAAAAAGAUCUCUGUUGAGACUUUCCCAGAGGAACUAUAUUCUGUUCUUCGCACCGUGCAUCUUUUGAGAGGUCUCAGUGUGGGUCUUGGUAUCAACUACUCAUGUGCAGAACAAUGGAGACCCAUUGCUGAAGAAGCUUUGUAUCUUGCUGGCAGAUUAAAAGAUCUCAAGACUAAGCGUCGCAGACAAAUUUUCUUCAGGAGAUUACUUUGAAGGGAGUGACUUAGCUAUUGAUGAAGUAAGCAUCUGCAUCCAUCUGAUUUCACUUACUAUGGAUGGUUAGGUUUUCUGAUUCACUUACUAGUUACUACAAUCGAUCAAUAUAGAAAUGGGAUUGAUAUUUAGCAAAUAGCAUCAUAUGUCAUUAGUUGUCAUUCACAAUUCCUUAUAUGGCACUUGUUGCCACCAUGUACAAUGCAUAGAAAUUUUAUGAUAACUUAAUUUCAUAUCUGUUUUUUAA